CAACACAAUUCUACUUUGUAUAUUCACGAUAGGGACGACCUGCCCCUGCUCGGAACAGCAGGAGAGUCAGGUAAAUAGGUUCUAUAAAGAUAAGGCCAAGCCUACUUUCCAAGGCCUCGUACACGAUGCAAUUCCAAGACUUCUCCCCUACGUGGUUCUAAAGCCUUACGGAGGCUUGUAAUAGGUAGACAGCGUUGGCCUCGCUUUGUGGUCUGUGAGGGUCUCAAGCAGGGAUAGUUGCAAACCCACGCUUCAUUGCGUCACCCGGUGAACACUAACGCCAAAAAAAAUACAACCCUCUACAUGUUCAUACGCAGAAGGCAGAGCACUCCUAUCCAAGGCGCCAUACUGCCUAGAAGAAACACCUACUUCCAUCCACUCCUAGCAAAGCUUACAAGAACUUGACCCGUCUCAAUGGGUGUCUCGGAUUGGAGGCAGACUCUCGGCCCCUACGGCCAUCAUGCCGUCGAUAUCCUGCGGGCGGAGUGGUAUCUGGGGUUGACGUCGUUUGGCGGGCCGCCGGUGCACUUCAAGAUUUUCCAUGACAAAUUCGUGGUCAAGUUGAAAUGGAUCGACGACCAAUUGUACCAAGAGCUUUUCAGCAUCUCCCAGGCCCUGUCCGGGCCGGCCAGCACAAAGAUGCUGUAUUGCAUCAACCUGAUCCACGACGGCGUUCUCGGCGCUCUGAUCGGGUUUCUCUUCUGGAGCCUCCCCGGCGCGCUGGGGAUGUACGCCCUGUCAAUCGGCGUCUCUAGCAUCGGGUCGACCCUGCCGCGCGCCGUGUACGCCCUGCUCUCGGGGCUCAACGCCGCCACCGUCGGCAUCAUCGCGCUGGCUGCCGUCGAGCUGUCCCGGAAGGCCGUCACCGACAAAGUCACGAGGACCCUGGUCUUUCUUAGCGGCGCCGCCGGCCUGCUGUACAACGCCCUCUGGUACUUCCCCGUGCUCAUCCUCGCGAGCGGCGUCGUCACCGUCGUCCACGACAAGCGCUGGCUGCACCGGCCCGUCAACGCGACACUGACCGCCGUAGGUUUCCGGAAGAGGAAAACCGCCCCUGCCGAGGAGGAAGGCCUCGACCCGAGGACGCACGUUCAACUCGAUCCCUUGAAAGGAGCCGGGGAAUUCCCCGUUGGCCAACAGCCGUCCGCCGCCGGUCCCUCCCCCGAGCUCCGCGUCGCUGAGCGGGCCGAUGACGGCGCAGAAGAACGCGACCUAGCCCCCGGCGCGCGUCGCGAAAACGAGCCCUCUCGAACCGAGUCGGAACCUCGCGUGAUCCCGCGCGAGCACCAGCUCAACUUCUCGUGGAAGACCGGGUCCGCCGUCAUCGCGCUCUUCCUGACCUCCUUUGUGGCGGUCAUGGUGGCGCGCGGGGUGCUGGCUCACCCGCCGCUGCUCUACCGGCUGUUCGCGAACCUGUACCUGGCGGGGACCAUCAUCUUCGGGGGCGGGCCGGUGGUGAUCCCGCUGCUGCGCGAGUACGUGGUGGCCGAGGGCUGGGUCAGCCCGCGCGACUUCCUGAUCGGGCUCGCGCUCGCGCAGGCCUUCCCCGGCCCCAACUUCAACUUCGCCGUCUUCCUCGGCGGGCUCACCGCCGCCAACAGCGGCCUGCCCUCCGCCGCCGGCGCCGCCGCUGCUUUCGUCGGCAUCUUCUUCCCCGGCAUGGCCCUCGUCCAGGGCACCAUGGGCGUCUGGAGCUCCCUCCGCAGCCGCCCCUGCGUCAAGUCCGCCGUCAAGGGCGUCAACGCCAGCGCCGUCGGGCUCAUCUACACCGCCGUCUACCGCAUCUGGCUCGUCGGAUACCUCGACGAGGGCUUUCAGUCGGGGCGGAGCCUCGGCGACGACCCCUGGUGGGUUGUCGUCACGACCACUGCCUACGUUGGCGGACGAUACUACGGCUUGUCGGCGCCUGUUGUUAUUAUCCUCGGAGCUGCGCUCGGGUUGGUGAGAUACGGCGUUGUUUCCGGCAGAGGGUAGCGGCGAGAAGCAUCUCCGACCUCACUCUAGUCCUCCACUCCCGGCUCCUGAAUAAGACAAAUGUGCCCUGCGUCAAGUGCCUUCUUCGCAAUG